UCUCAAAGAUAAAUAGUUUCGCAAAAGAAACAAAAAAAAUGGCUUCCCUUCAAGAACCAUGGCUAUGGGAGAACGGAAACUGGAAGGGUUGUAGCAAGGAGAUUCGCCAUGGAAGAACUGCACAUAACAUGUCGUCUUCCUCGUUGAGGAAAAAAUCGGAUUUGACCCUUGUCUCCAAGGUUCGUUUUGUGAUGCUUAGGCAGUUCCUCACUAACCUUCAAGAGGUCAUUUUGGGGACAAAACUUUCGGUUCUCUUCCCUGCUAUUCCAUUGGCCAUUGUUGCUGAGUGCUAUGGCUUUGGAAGACCUUGGAUUUUUGCAUUGAGUUUACUUGGACUUACACCAUUUGCUGAACGAGUCAGCUUCCUCACCGAGCAAAUUGCUUAUUACACUGGUCCAACAGUGGGAGGGCUGUUGAAUACAACCUGUGGCAAUGCAACCGAGCUGGUCAUAGCUAUAUUUGCACUGAGCCAAAAUAAAAUAAAUGUGGUUAAGUAUUCCUUGCUCGGUUCUGUCCUAUCGAACCUGCUUCUGGUCCUUGGGACCUCUCUCUUCUGUGGCGGCAUUGCCAACAUCAGAAGGGAACAAAAAUACGAUCGAAGACAAGCCGAUGUGAACUCACUCCUUUUGCUCGCAUUAUUGUGUCAUUCGUUGCCCUUGUUGUUCCGACUGAGUGUUGCAUCCGCUGCUCUCCCGGCCGAUCCUACGCUGCGGUUGUCGAGGGCGAGCAGCAUUGUGAUGCUGAUUGCGUACAUUUCGUACCUGGUCUUCCAACUAUUCACACAUCGGCAAUUGUUUGAAGCUCAUGGGGAAUCGGAAGACGAUGAGGGGAUACCAGAGGAAGAGCCGGUGAUCGGAUUUUGGAGUGGAUUUAUAUGGCUAGUUGGAAUGACUGUUGUCAUAUCUCUCCUCUCUGAAUAUGUUGUAGAAACAAUUGAGGAUGCCUCGGAUUCUUGGGGAAUUUCUGUUAGUUUCAUCAGCAUUAUUCUGCUACCCAUUGUUGGAAAUGCAACAGAAUAUGCUGGAGCCAUCAUUUUUGCUUUCAAAAACAAGCUGGAUAUUUCAUUAGGUGUUGCAUUAGGGUCUGCAACGCAGAUUUCCAUGUUUGUGGUCCCACUCUGCAUUGUCGUAGCUUGGAUUAUGGGAAUCAAAAUGGAUCUUAAUUUCAAUCUCCUUGAAACUGGCUCACUCGCUCUAUCCAUCAUCGGUGUUGCUUUCACUUUACAAGAUGGCACUUCUCACUACAUGAAAGGACUGGUUCUCCUACUGCUCUACAUCGUUAUCGGGGCUUGCUUUUUUUGUAUCGAAAAUGCCUCUAAGCAACGGUAUCGACACGGUCAUCGGAGUUUGAAGAUGAAAAGGGUUUCGAGCAUUUGUUAUUCUUUUUCAUAUAUGGCGGCCUGACUGAAAGCUGACGAAUUUGCAGUUACUAGGCUGCAUAUUAGUUUGUCAUGCCAUCAAAGUUGAGAUGAAUAGUGUUAUAGUAGUAGGUAUUAUAGUUAAAGAUGGGUACACCGUUGAAGCUUGAUGGAGACAGGCAACAAUUACCACACAACAGCAACAUUGUUCUGUGUGUGUAUUAAUCUCUCUUUUGUGUGUUUUAUAAAUUGUGUCCGCAUAUAUUAGUUGUGACAAAUGAGCUUGCCUCAUUGAGUUUGUUUGUUUCCCUCUUGUAAUGCUUGCAGCUAUCAAGAAUAAAUGAAAUCCUAGUUAUUUUUCGUUUAGCAA